AUGUCAAACAAUUUGUGUUUGGACAGAUAUGCGAAUGAAGUUCUAGGUGAAGAUGUUUGGGAUGACUCUGUCGACUCUGGUCGAGAGGAAGUCAUCAUCCUUUCUAGUGGAAGUUCUGACCGGGAUGUUGAAGAUCUAACAUCUCAUUGCGCGCGUGCAGGUACCGCGCCGGGUGGUGUUGCUGAACCGGUACAUGAAUUUGUUGGGGAUGAUGAUGAUGCGGAGGCGUCUGUUGAUCCGUCUGCCCAAUUGGAAACGAGGAAGAAGGCACGGACUGAUAGGUCCGGAAUGAGGGAAGAGAAAACCGAGGGUGGAGCUGCUGGAUCUUCUCGUAAGCGAUCUUCUACUCUUCCUUAUCUAGAUUAUGUGGUAGUGUCUGAUACGUUGUCUGGCCUAGGCCCUGGGGAGGUGCGUCAAGGGUCGGAUCCUGACGAUAAGGCCACUUUAUCUGAGCAUAUGAAGGAAAGAGCUCUUGAUGAUCAUAAGCGUCAGCUUGAUGAGCAAGCUGCUGCCCUUCUUGCGGCCAAGAGAGCUAAACUUCAGAAAGAUGCCCCCCCGGCACCCUCAGAGUCUGAAGUUGAUUUGGUGCUCAAGACGAGUAAGAAACCUCGGCCGGUGGAUAUUUCUCGGAUUACUCCACCUACUUCUCCUCCAUCGAGGACUGUUGGCUUGACCCCUCCUCGAGACGGUGUUGAUGCAACUGUGGGGGGUGGUGAAGGGUUUGUUGAAGGUACAUUUGAGGGAGGUGAUGCUGCUGGAGGCGACGGUGCCGGAGGUGAUGUUGCUGGAGGCGAUAAGGGUAAAGGUGUUGAAGUGGAGAUGGAGUCUAGUGAGACUACUCCGCAACAAACCAUUUACACAAAACGUCCUCCUGGUGGUGGUGGGGCUACUUCUGGCACCGUGCGGGACUCGCACUUUGAACGUGUUCCUGAUGAUUCAUGGGGCAAUCCAGCUUGUGAUGAUAUGCCUCACGUUCCCCGCUGGAGCCUUACUCAGGGUUCUCGUAUGGAAGAUUUGAAGAAUUGUCAUGAGUUUUUCUCUUUGUCUCUUCCGCCUGCAGAGAGAAUGUUUCAGAAAAACCGCAACCGCUUUGCCCUUAUAGAUGAUCAUGUUAGAGCUGGAGUUAACUUCUUUGCCACUUCGCAAGAGAUUCUUCGCGAAUGGCGAUCUAUGGGGGAAGAAACUCUUGAGUUUGAAGAGGCUAAGAAGUCGUUUUCUGAAGAGAGAGAGAAAUUUAAUGCAGAGAAAAAAGGUUUGCAAUGGCGGGUUGCUGAGGCGGAGCGGAAGCUCGAAGAGCAGAAGCAGUUGAACGAGCAAAAACAGAAAGAUUGGGAAUCUGCAUGUGCUCGUACGAACUCCGAAAUGCAGUCGCAGCGUGAAGCUAUUGUGCGGCUGUCUGGUGAGAAGACGACCCUUGCGGAUGAGGCGCAUCAGGCGCGGCUUGCUGCGGAGAAGAAAGAAAAGGAGUAUGUUGCACGGAUCGACAAGCUGGAGCUUCUUGUGCAGGAGAAGGCUUCGGAAUGUGAGGCUGCUCAGCGCCUUCUUGAUGAGAAGACGGCUGAGUGUCGUGCGUCUGAGCUGCUUGCUGAGGAAGCCUCAGCUGAUAGUAGGUGGUUGCUAUCCCGUGGCGUUCCAUUGCUUGCUGAUCGCAUCAUGCAUUCAUCUGAACUUGCCCGCUACAUGUUUGAAUUGGGUAGGGCAGGUUAUAACAGUGGGCGCAAGUUUGGUUAUGCUGAAGGUAUAUUUGCAGCUUCCAAUAAUGAGAAGGAUUACAACUUUGAGUUGUACAAGGAGGAUUGUGAUGGUGCUUAUGCGGAGAAGCGGAAAGAGUUUUCGAUGCUUGAUUUUGCCGUUGUUCGGGCUGCCGGCAAGUUGGCUCAUAAAGCUAAUGGAGUGGCUUUGUUAAAGAAAGCUUUGGGAGAUGAUGGCGAUGGUGGUGCAGGAGGUGCUGGUUCUAGCCAUUCUUGAUUGGAAGUUUCCGGCCUGUGUGCCGUGUAUAGCCCUGAAUGGGCUUGUAGUGGUUGUUUUUAAGACAAUUUGAAAUUUCUUACCUGUCGUGUUAUGUAUUUGACAAAUAU